UUCCGGUGUGCAGUCGCUGGUUGCGGCGCUAGUUGGCAGCGGUCGCUCUUUUUGUCAACUACGCUUUUUAUUGCCCGCGAGAACGCGUCGGAGCAGCAUUUGUCCCACACACACACGCCAAGCAACGCGAUGAGUUUCGACGUGAAGAAACUGAAAGUAAAUGAGUUGAAGAGUGAGCUGCAACGCCGAGGCCUGGACCCCCGAGGCCUGAAGGCGGACCUGGUGGAGCGGCUCAGGGUGGCGAUGGAGGAAGAAGCCCUGGCCGAGUCGCCCGGCGGAGGGGGCAAUGAACAGCAAGCUGACGAUGUGGUGGGGGACUACGACGACGACGACGACGGGGGAGUGUGCGAGGAUGGGGACGAAGAGCAAGGAAUGGCCUUUGGCGAAGGCGAUGGAAUGCUUGAGGAAGACGAAGGCAGAGAUUCGGGCGGCUACUACGAGGACGAAGAGGCCGAGCCCCCGGUUGACUGCGAUGCGUAUGAGACUCAGGCGACGCCAGAAUUAACUCACGGCGUGCCGGACUUCGGUGCUGACAACCCCGGAGCUGACGACCUCAACGAAGGGGUUAUCAAACUUGAAGACGAAGAAGAUGAAAAUGCAGACGUCAAGGACGAAGACAAAGAUGACGUCAAAAUGAACGUCGCCACCCAGGCCGGAGGCGACGCAGGGCGGGAUGCCCAUAAAGCGGAGCCCAAAAACGAGCAAGAUGGCGGCAGCGGGGGCGACCAAGUGAAGCCAGAGUCCGAAAAAGGCGGACACUACAGCCGAAAGCGACCACAUGAGGAGAACAGGGGCUAUAACUACUACGAGCACCGUGAGGAGAAGAGAUCGUGUUUCCUGCGGGGUUCCAGCGCGAGUUCGGAGUCUGAAGACGACUGCAGCGAUUCUGAACCCUUACCUACUGAGAGUUAUGAAGAAGUACAUCCAAUGAGCCACGAUAGUGAGUGGCGCCAAUCCAGUUGGCAACCGAGAAUGUUUCCCUUUGCUGCAAACCCCGGACUCCGGAGCGCUGCCGCCGAGCUGAUUUCCGACCAGCCAGCCGACUUUUUGGAACUCUUCCUCACGGACGAACUCCUCCAACACAUUGUGGAUAAGACAAACCAGAAUGCUCUCCAUUGUUAUAACACUGAGAGGCUGCUGAAUAAUAAACCUUUUGUGUUUAAACCGGUGGCAGUACCAGAACUGAAAGCUUUCCUAGGACUCAAUUUUGUCACCACUUAUGUCAAAAAACCCAACACCCAUUACUACUGGAGUGUGGAUGAGAUAGAGGCAACCCCCUUUUUCAGCCAGACCAUGGGAAGGAACAGAUAUCAUUUUAUAUGGAAGUACCUCUCUUACAACAAUCUCAUAUUCCAUGAUGACCCUGACGAAAUGUACAAAGUCCGCCCAGUGUUUGAUUAUAUUGUGGAGAAGUUCAGGGAGAUGUUUCAACCGGGGCAAAACAUUUGCAUUGACGAAGGUGUGAUGCUGUGGCGGGGCCGUGUAUGCUUCAAAGUGUGUAAUCCCAGAAGGCCUGCCAAACAUGGUAUCAAAUCUUACGUCCUUUGUGACUCCGCCACAGGGUAUUGCUUUAAUAUGCUGCCCUACGGCGGGGAAACUCAAACCACGUCGGAGAUAGUCUUCUCUCUCCUUGAUCGUCUGCCGGGUCUUGGUUAUACACUGUAUAUAGGGGAGUCUUUCAAUUCUGUAGCAAUGUGUGAGCUUUUACUGGGAGCGGAAACUAAUGUCUGUGGACCACUGAAGAAGAGUAAGGGGGAGAUCUUAAAGGGGUCGAAUGACUUGAAGGAAGGGGAAAAGAUUACCCGACACAAUAAUAGAAUGCUGUUGGUGGCGUUUCGAGAGAAAAAGUUGGUGACAAUGCUGACAACUUGCCACCAUGAUAAGAUGCUGAAAGCCUUGUUGCCGAAGGGACAGAAAUACAAGGAGCAGCAGAUCAGACCAGAGUGCGUUAUUGCGCAUAACGCCUUCAUGAAUGGGGUGGAUAAAUUGGAGCAAAAUGUUGAGUACUACCCCAUAGUCCAUAAGUCGAUGGACUGGUCCAAAAAGUUUGUGGCCUAUCUGUUUCAAAUAUGCAUGUUUAAUGCCUACGUACUCUACAAACUCAGGCACCCAGGAGAGUGUAAAAGCCUCUUGGAGUUUAUGCGCAGGGUAAUUAAAUCCUGGACUGUAACGCGACACGCAGGGGUGCAGUUAAAAAGGCAGAGAGAGGUGGUGGAAGUUGCCGUCGUGAAGAUUGAGGACGAUAGCAUCUCCGAGGAAGGCCCGCGGAAUGCUAAAAGGGCGCCGUAUAAGACUGACCCAGAAAGUAGGCUUGACGGACAGAUCGCCAAGCACAAACUCCAAUAUUUGAAGCCAACUAAAAUGCGUUUAAAACCAGCUAGGAGGUGUAGGGUGUGCACCCGUAGGGGCCUGCGCAAAGAUACCCGAAUGUGGUGCAUCUCAUGUCUUAUCCCCUUGCAUCCGGGAGACUGCUUUACUGAUUACCACACUAAGAUUAAUUAUUGUGAGAUUUGAGAAAAUGCAAACAAUAGAGCCCCUUUCAGAUUUAUAUCCAGCUCAAUUCCCAUGUGAUGUGAUGCCGGAUUUAUCCGUGUCAUGGCUUUCAGACAUGGGGAGAUGUACCGGGAAUUACCCGGGUUGGACACUUUGAGUUGUCCCGUGUUGGCGCUCACUGUGUGGGGAGGGCGGGGGAUGGGAUUUUAUAACCCGAACAUUACAUUUUUGGUCUGCAUCGGCAACAAAAUAAACCACACAGUUUCAAAGAUGGACUGUCUCUUCCUCGGCUUUAAGAUAAAGUAGCAAAUUUAGUUCAUUAUGUUUACAAUUUAAGUUUGCUAUUUUGCCAGUUUGCCAUGUUGAUAACUGCGUUGUUUACCGCUUUUCGUCUUGCUGCGAAGAAAGAGGAAAUGACGAUUGGCCCGCCAUGAUAUUUAUCAUCAGCCUUAACGCUGUCACCCGGGAAUUAACUGGGUGCUUUCAUACAUGCAGUGUCAUCUCUUUGUCAGUCGACCCGGGAAAUUGCUUUCAGACAUAAGGGCUACCCGCUUAAAUCCCGGUACUUAAUUGGAGUUCAGCGUAUGUCUGAAAGGGGCUUAGGUUAGCCACAGCUGUGUCUGAAUCCAUACGAAACUGAGAAUAGCUGAAAUGUCAAUGCAUAUUUUGCAAAAUGUAAAGCUUGUACAUAAUUUUGUUUUGUAAAUAAAGUUUCUCAGUAGAAGUCA